AUGUCUUCAAUCAAGCGAAAGGCCUUAGAUGAUGUCCUGAAAAGACGAGUGAGAGCUAGAAGGGAACCCAGUGUGGAGAUUGAAGAAGAAUCCACAUCAGACAACCCCGCUCUGAACUCAGAGGAGCAUUCAGAUCCAGAAGACCAAGACUCAAAUGACGAGUCAAACCCCUCGUCCUCAGAAGAUGACGAAUCAGAGCCUGAAGCCGCAGAAUCAAUCUCCUUCGGCGCCCUAGCGAAAGCCUCAGAAUCCCUCUCGGGCACCAAGAAAAAACGCCCCGCCAUUCCCACGCCCUCGGACGGCUGGGCCAACAACGAAGCUCUGGAACGGAAGGCCGGACGCGCAGACCGCCGCGAUUUUGGACGCAGCAGCAAACACGCACCCACUGAGAUAUCCUCCAAGAAAGCCGUGUCGCGGAAACGCGAAGUAAUUCCAGUGCUGAAGCGCGAUGUGCGGGAUCCGAGGUUUGAGCCUGUGACUGGGCUGCCGGUCGACGAGGCGAGGGUGAGGAAGGCGUAUGGGUUUUUGGAGGAUUAUAGGGAGGAUGAGAUGAAGGAACUCAGGGGGGCGAUUCGGAAGGAGAAGGAUGAGGAGCAGAAGGAGAAGUUAAAGCGGGCGCUGGGGGCGAUGGAGAAUCGGAAGAAGGCGCGGGAGAGGAGGGAAAGGGAGGAGGCUGUGCUGGAGAGGCAUCGUAAGGAGGAGAAAGAGCUGGUUAAACAGGGCAAGCAGCCUUACUAUUUGAAGCAGAAGGAGGUUGAUAAGAGGGUGCUUGUGGAUACGUUUGGAGACUUGAAGGGGAAGAAGCUGGAGAGAGUUAUUGAAAGGAGAAGAAAGAAGGUCGAGGGGAAGGAGAAGAAAAAGAUGCCGGCUGCGAGAAGAGCUACUGGGGAAUAG